AGCCCAAAGAGCGCGUUGCCUAACUGGGCGAAGGGCUGAGGAAAAUCUGUCUGAUUAGCCUUCUCCAACAGACGGGGAUUAAGCUUUUAGUCUGUAAUUAUUAUAAAGCAUACGUCAGCAGAUAUCCACCCAUUUCAGGCAGACGGCGGAGCGGAGGGAUGUCCUGCUAGGUGGCUGUGCUCUGCGCCAGGCCCGCUCACAGACGUGGAGACCCAGGAAUAGGAGCAGGAGCAGGAAUAUCCUCCUGAGUCAGUGCCACGACGCUGACACAGCGCGCUCCCCGGCAGGGCUGCCUCUGCUCCGAUAAUACGCAUCCUAUGCUAUUCAGCUCAAGAUGGCGGUGCAGGCAGCGGAAAAGGACGGAAUAAAUGUGGAGGAUGACCACCUGAACGACUCGCUGGGGAACCCCGGCCUCAUCUCACCUGACAAGGAGGAUUUAUCUCGUCUCCUGACGGUGCCGUUCAGCGGGCGCAUCCGGGGCGGCAUGCGGCCGGGGAAGAAGAUCAUAGUGAUGGGCAUUGUCGACCUGGAGCCAGACAGCUUUGACGUGAGUCUGACCUGCGGCCGUGACUCCGAGAAGGAGGAGCCACCGUAUGACGUGGCCCUGAAACUGACCGCCCGCUUCACCGACCGCCAGUUCCUGCGCAGCGCCCGCAUCUCCGGGAAAUGGAUCGGGGAGGAGGCGUCCACCGCCUACUUUCCCUUCAUCCCUGAUCAGCCUUUUAGGAUUGAGAUCCACUGCGAGCACCAGAGGUUCCGGAUAUUCGUGGAUGGACACCAGCUCUUUGACUUUUAUCACAAAGUGAAAUCUUUGCCCUCUAUCGACACAGUACGGAUACAAGGAGAUCUACAGAUCACCAAGCUCGGUUAACUUCCCACCCCUCCUGCUCUGCAAGUCGUGUGCGAAGCAAGGACUUGAUCACAGAUGACCACACAUAGGAGCCUGUUACGCCAUCAUCCAUACCCCAUCAUGCAACACUGCAGCAGCCUAGCAACUGGAAAAAGGCUCCGGUGGUGACAAGUUAGAGUUCUUCUGCCACAUUCAUUCACUUCUCUCCAUUCCUUCUAUUUAACCAGGAUCUGAUGAUGCUUUGAGCGUGAAUGUGUUUGCUCCAUUUUCAGGUUUUUCUCUUUGUAGCCCCAGUUUUGUCAGAUCAGGGAUCUCGCGGCUUAUUAAUAGCACAUUCAUUUUUUAUGUUGAAUCCUUUAGGGAUGUCGAGGUGGAGGCAGGUGUGAGGUACCUUCAAGGAUGGAAAAACAAGUCGGGUGUUUUUAGAAACCAGUUUCUCAGGAAAACAACUAUCUGGCACACAGCUGAUGCGACAGCAAACUGUUGCUCCAAAUUUGCUGUAAAAUUGUGUAUAUUGGACCUGAGCAGUGUUAAGAUGUUCAAUCUGUGCUUGGCUACUUCCCACGGGGGCCGGAACAAAUUUUUCAUAUCAGAUGAAACUGUUUCAGAGCAAAAUGUUGCAGGUUGUAUAGCGCUUUCAGUCAACCCAGCUGCAUGUGUUUAUUGUCAAAAACUCAACCUUCGGACCACAGUAGAGCUCAGUGUUAUGGCCUGUUUUCUCUGUGCAACUCCAUAAGGCACUCCCCUGCCCUCCCUUGGGUUUAUCCCAGUUGUCAUGGUAACAAGCUGCAGUCUCACCGACCUAAAUACCCCAAAAUGAGGAUUAUAUCAUGACAAGAUGUAUCAGAAAGCGUCCCGUAGCGCACACUGCGUGUGCUGGUAGUUUUAGCGAUGACAGCCCUGUGUGGUGAACAGGAAGUACAAUUACGACUGUUUACUCUGCCGCAGACUGCAGAAAUGGCUUUUAAAUGAGUUUGAAAAUUGGACUCUGCUCUCUGCUCCACGCUCACAUAACACACUUUUUUCAUGCAAACCUCAUCUGCAUUGUAAUCUGAACCAAUAUGCAACUUAUUCUAAAAAAAAUAAUAAUAAUAAUAAAAAAAAGUACUUGCUUCAGUACACAUUUAGAAGAAAACUGUGCUGUCAGAGUGUGGCUGAGCUAAACUCAAACUAAAAUCCCCAAACCUUCGGUCGCAUUCAACAGUCAGUUGGAAGCAGAAUAAGAUCCUGACGGUAUUUUGAAUGUAUAGUAUUCAUGUUUCUAUAGUAGCAUAGAAGAUAUAGUGAUGCACAAAGUUAUUACUUAAUGUCACAGUUUUUGGUGGUAUGGCUGGUGCUGUUAUAGUCCAUUUUCUGUCCUCAUGUGUUUUAUGGCGUUAGCGUUUCCUGAAUCAUUCCACACCACCAGCGUCUCCACACUAAAGCAGAUAGACGUUGCAAAGCGGUCACAUCCCUGUUUAAUGCAGCCAGCAGGUUCUAGCAAAUGCAGCUGUGUCUUAAUGCAUCACAUGGUUUUGUCUCUAUAUAUUUCACUCUACAUGGGAUGUCUUUUCCUUCACUGACGCAGAAAAGACGUUAUAAUAAAUGCACAGUAACAUUAGAGGUUACCUACGAAGUGAAAAUCACAGUAUUAAGAGUAUUAUGUCUUAAGUUGCUCUGUUUACGCCUCCUACAGUAUUGGUUGAACACAUUUACAGUAGAAUUUCACUCCAUAGAUUUCCACUUUCCACUGUAAUAAAGGGUUUAUAACAUGUAACUUAUGGCUUCUGUAAUAAAUUUACAUUAUAGAUCAGUUAUCAGCCAUUAAUAAGAGCAACUUUUGGGUUUGUUAGGUUGUGAAAAAUGGCUAUUGUGUAUCUUUUGUAUUCAGUAAACCAUCUAAAAAGCCAUCAGCUCUGCAGUUAUCAAUGUUAAUAAAUCAGAAAGUUUACUGACUUUCUCACUUCAUCAUAAAGCAGAAAUCUGCAUGAAGAACAAAAAGAUAAAGUAAGAAUGACAGACAGAAUGAAAAAAUCUUUCAACCCAGAAGUUUUUCCUCUUAAUGGCCUGUGAUUAUAUGAUCUAUAAAAACAUUAGUAAAAUAUUUAUUAACAUGGAUAAAGUCAUUUACAACUUAUAACCCCUUUAUAAGACCCUAAACAGUGAGUUAUUAGAAAGUUAUGAGAUGACUUAUAAACUUGAACCAGGUUGGAGAAGCUUUGAUCGUCUUUGGAGACAGAUGUUCUAGUUCAGAUCAAACAGAUAAUUCAUGCUGCGUCCUGGCUCGUAUCUACUUCCUGAGCAGCUCGACACAGUGAAGAAGCAAAGAGUCGUUGUUGGUGCAUCAUCUCAUAAGGCUGCACAGAAGUACCAUUAAGAUUUGGAGAUUUUUACACUUGGAUCUAAACAAGCUAAUGAAGGUUUCCCAUCACCUUUUGCUGCUGUGAUUUUUGGAGUAAGCCAUGACAUCUGUGCAGAGCAGUUGCACUGACUUCACUGCAGGGCACUGGGUAAUUGAUGCUCACACUAAUGAAGCUUCCUUUAGAUUUCUGGGCAAGCCUCCCUGUUUGACAUCUCAUUACUGUUUGUGCACGGUGGGCUGCAGCUGUGUGCAGCUUUCAUCGAAAUACAGGGAGGUCGCCUUCCACACAUGCAUGCACUGAGUAUUUAUUAGCGCCUUUCACGUAGCAAUAACGUCGCUGCUCUGAGACUGACUGCUCCGGAGCAGAACUUGUUUUCUCCUGGUUGGUCAGACGGGGUCCUCCUCAGUUCCUCGUUUUCGCUUGGCGAGCGCUGGUUUAUUUUGGACACAAACAGGAAAUGAGUACAGUUUGGUAUGAGCGGGCAGUGUCGUUUGAACGGAAGUGAGCCAGUGAGAUGCAUCAUUAUUCGAGUGUUACAUCAGAACAAAUGUGUACAAUAAUGUGUAAUUGUGUUGACAGGGUGUGUUUUUUUUUGGAUACUGUUUUUGUGUUCUUUCUAUUAACUGGUGACCAUCCAUUUGUAACACUACAGUUUCCUGUAAUAACGUGUGAAUAUACAUCAUGUAAAGAAUAUGACCAUAAGUCAGCAGUGUUUUCAUGGACGUGGAAACUAGAUGUGUGUUAAAGUGUAAUACAAGUUCAUGUUUUUGGCUCCUCAGCUGUCACAUGUGGAGCUGAGCUGGCAGCAGUUAGCUGCAUCGACAGCGGUAGUGCUGCUGCUAGGAAUUCUGGGGGAGGGAGAUGAACAAUUUAAGACUUCCUGAAUUAAAGGGCUCGAACCAG